AUGGCGACCACGCCAUGGCUGCUGCUUCUCUGCCUCGCCGCUGCCGCCGCCUCGAGCGAGUUGCUCCAAGCUCGUGCCCAACCUGACAACAAAGGUUUUAUAAGCAUAGAUUGCGGGUUUCCGGGGACGACGAGCUACGUGGACAGCACAACCGAGCUCUCCUACGCCCCGGAUGCCGCCUUCAUCGACACCGGCUCGAACCACAACAUCUCGGUGGAGUACAUGAAGCCGCAGUCGCUGCUCUCGAAGCGCUACCACGACUUGCGCGCCUUCCCCGGCGGCACACGCAACUGCUACACGCUCCGGUCCCUGGUGGCUGGGCUCAAGUACCUCCUCCGCGCCACCUUUUUCUACGGCGACUACGACGGCCUUAAUAGGAUGCCAAUAUUUGAUCUUCACAUCGGCGUCAACUUCUGGAAUACGGUGAACAUCUCAGGCUCGGGGUACGUGGUGCAAGUGGAGGCCUUUGUUGUUGUGCCGAGUGACUUCCUGCAGAUAUGCCUGAUCAACACCGGCACAGGGACACCGUUCAUCUCUGGUCUGGACCUGAGGCCGCUUAAGAAGACGAUCUACCCGCAGGCGACAGCCACGCAGGGCCUGGUGUUGCUGGCUAGGCUCAACUUCGGCCCGACUGACGAGUCCACCUUUGUCAGGUACCCUGAUGAUCCAUAUGACCGAAUAUGGAUUCCACGGGUCAACACGAGAACCUGGACAGAGAUAUCAACAACGAAUAGGGUGCAAAACAUAAAUGAUGACCUUUUCGAGGCGCCGACGGCGGUGAUGCAGACGGCAAUUAGGCCGCGGGGCGCCUCUCGGCACAUAGAGUUGUUCUGGGACGCUGAGCCUCGGCCCAACGAUCCAUCUCCCGCGUAUGUCGUCAUCAUGCACUUGGCCGAGCUACAGGUCAUCCCUAGCACUGCCGUGCGCCAGAUAAACGUCAUCCUCAAUGGGAGGCCAUGGUAUACAAAUGGCUUCCCGCCGGAUUACCUCUCGAGCGGUGCCGCGUACACCAAUAACCUGUAUCGGCAGAGUCGCUACAACUUGUCGAUCAUUGCCACAACCAACUCGACACUGCCACCUAUCCUAAAUGCAGUCGAGAUUUUCUCCGUCAUCCCCAUCGCCAACCUCAGCACGGCCUCCCAGGAUGUAUCUACCACCGAGGCAAUUAGAGGCAAGUACCAGGUGAAGAAGAACUGGAUAGGCGAUCCCUGCGUGCCCAAGAAUUUCACAUGGGAAGGAUUGGCUUGCAGAUAUGCUAUUUCCAGCCCACCAACUAUCAUAGGCUUGAAUCUAUCUUACAGCGCCCUUAGUGGCAACUUGUCAUCUUCUUUUGCUAGCCUCGAAGGUCUACAAUACUUGGAUUUAUCACACAAUUAUCUUACGGGCUCAAUUCCUGACGACUUGUCGCAGUUGUUCUCGCUCACACUUCUAGAUCUGACAGACAAUCAACUCAGUGGAUCAAUUCCUCCUGGGCUUGUGAGAAGAACUCAAGAUGGCUCCCUAACACUUAGAUAUGGUAACAAUCCAAACCUCUGCAGCAACGACAACUAUUGCCAGCCUCCAAAAAAGAAGACAAGAUCUAUGGUUGCAGUAUAUGUUGUUGUUCCAAUUGUUACAAUACUGCUACUAUCGGUUCUUCUCAUUUGCAUGAGAAAAACGAAAGGAAGGACAAGAGGCAAUAUCAAGCGGAGGGAUAAGAAUAAGACGAAUAUGAAGGGGCACAACUCGUUGCAAUUGGAUAACCACCAGUUCACGUAUAGUGAUUUAGAGGCCAUCACAAAUGGCUUCCAACGAGUAAUUGGCCGAGGAGGGUUUGGGAAAGUUUAUCAUGGUUCCUUGGAGGAUGGCACACAAGUGGCUGUGAAACUGCUUUCUGAAUCUUCAGAUCAAAGCGAAAAAGAAUUCUUGGCAGAGGCUCAGACCUUGGCCAAAAUUCACCACAAGAAUAUUGUGUCCUUGAUUGGCUACUACAAGGACAAGGAAUGCAUGGCUCUUGUGUACGAAUACAUGUCUGAAGGAGCCCUAGAUGAACAUCUUAGUGGGAAAGAUAACAACGUGAGAACAUUAACCUGGAGACAGAGACUUCGUAUCGCCUUAGAAUCCGCGCAAGGGCUUGAGUAUCUGCACAAGGGAUGUAACCCACCCCUCGUUCACAGGGACGUUAAGACGUCAAACAUCUUGCUGAAUUCAAACCUGGAGGCUAAGAUUGCUGAUUUUGGCCUACUCAAGGCUUUCAAUAGCAAUAUUGAUACACAUGUUUCCACGGCAAGGGUGGUUGGCACACUCGGUUACCUUGACCCUGAGUACCAUGCUACAUUUCAUCUAACCAACAAGAGUGACGUCUUUAGCUUUGGCGUAGUGUUACUGGAGAUAGUCACAGGGAAACGACACAUCUUAAAUGAUCCUGAGCCGAUGAGCAUUGUUCAGUGGGUGCGGCAGCGUCUCACCCAUGGCAACAUUGAGGACGUGGUAGAUGCACGCAUCUGUGGCGAACACAAUGUCAAUAGCGUGUGGAAAGUUGCGGACACCGCGCUGAAGUGCACCGCCCAGAAGCACGGGCAGCGGCCCACGAUGAAUGACGUUGUAGUGGUCCUACAAGAGUGCCUUGAGCUCGAGGUUGUGCACGACAAGGUGAAUGCAGGAUUUUACACGACCGGGAGCAGUAGCAACAUGAAUGGUUGCAGUCGGUACGACAUUGACACGUCUAUCGAUGAGAGCCAAAGCAACACUGCCUCAGCCUCAGAGCUAGAGCAUUUGGGCAGCCUGCCAACAAUGUCUACUGGUCCAGCUAUUAGGUGA